AUGGGUGGCAAAGGUGGCAGUUCUGGCGGCAACAGCGGUGGAGACAACGGAGGAGGGAACGGAAGUUCUUGUGGCAGUGGUUUGUCUAAGGGCGGAGGCAAUGGUGGUGCCGGCGGUGGAUAUAUUAAAGCACCGGUGAUCAAGAUUGAAGAGCAUUUGGAGAUGGAUAACAAGGGUUGCAGCAAAGAAACUGGAGCAGGCGCAGCAGGAGCUGGUGGUGGCAAUAGCAGUGGUGGUGGGACUAACAAAGGUGGCAACAAUGAUCUGGUCAUGAAGGCUCCGGGUGGUGAUGGUGCAUAUCUAUCAAGGACUGGCUUUGAGAGCGAUCCAAAGGGCUACUUUUCUGACCUGCAUGCUAAGGAGAAGGUGGGAGUUCUGGAGGAGGAGCCAAAGGCGGUGGAGGCAACGGAGGAGGGAAAGGAAGCUCCGGUGGCGGUGGUUCGUCUAAAGGCGCGCAGCGGCAGUGUUGGUGCUGGCGGUGGAUAUAUGAAAGCGCCUGGUGGUGGUGGCUCAUACAUUUCAAGAGCCGGAUUUGAGGCAAAUCCUCGAGGAUAUUUCUCGGGUUUACGUGGUGGCCAGAAGGGCAAAUGA